AUGGCAAAAGAAGAGCGCUCGUCGUGGGAUUCUGAAUCUCGCUCUGAGAAUUCGAACGACCUUCUACUCGGAGAACCAUUGGAUAUGAACAGCGUAAAGUCACAAAGAACUCAGAAACGGCUUGCUCUCGCCAUCACCAUAGGAAAUCUCUUUAUUUUCGGUGCAACCUGCGCGCUGUGGGCAACUUCAAGGCUUCAGAAUUGUGAUACUCUUGAUGCUCACAAAGCCGUCUCAUUUUACUCACCCAUCUUCGACAAAGGCGUGCCUAUUGAUCUAGAUGAAUCCACCAAAAAUCAUACUCUGUGGGGGGACGACGAGACGACUUCCAUCUACAUUCAGGAUCCAAGUCCCGAAGUAGAUGCUGCGUGGAAUCACAUCGCGGCGGAUGCGAGUCCGAUUAUCACUGUUAACCGCAAGGAGGCAAUUCGUCUUGGAAGGGAUCCAGUGGUCAUUGUCAAGGCUCCCGAAGACUGGGGUAUGGGCGAUGAUGCUUAUCCUGCGCAAAUUGAUGUGUUCCACGAAAUACACUGUCUAAACAUGCUACGGAAAGAAAUGUGGUGGGAUCACUACUUUCGCCCAAAGUAUGGGGACCCAGAGAACGCUGAUUAUCUCCACGUCCGACACAAACGACACUGCUUGCGGAUCGUACUUCGCACACUAAUGUGCCACGCUGAUGUAGACAUUGUCACGCACAAUUGGCGACGAGGAAGCUAUCGGCCGAUCGCCGACUUUAACAACCCGCGGAAGUGCCGCAACUUUGCGAGCCUUUUGGAUUGGAACAACGCCCACGCAGUACAGAAUGAUAUGGAGAAAUGGCGGACUAUCAAGCGGCCGGACAACGCUAUAAUCUUACCCAAGCCCACACCAAACCUGUACACAUCAGAAGAUAGCGUGGAGUGGAUAAACAACGUGUAG